GUGUGGUGUCCACAACGGGGACAGCGCGCAUUGGUAGCGCAAGAGCUACGGUCUCCAGGACAGCGCAUACCCCGUAGGCGCCGGCGUGGCCGAAGGAAUUCGGUCGUCCUGCCUCGAACUUUUCCAUUAAAGCACCGGCCGCAGGACAAGCGCGCAAGUGCUUCGGGCCAUUACUCGUGGUCUGCGAUGCAAAUCAGGGGCCACCCGUCGACGUCGUGCUCCGAGCGCUCCUAGCAGCUGGCGCGCCGCCAGUAUGAACCUCGACGCAUCGUCUUCGCGAGGGGACGGCUGAUUCGUGCCACGUUUUCGCCGCUAGCAGCGACGAAUUGAACGCGUUUGAUCCCUCCAGUCGCCGUCGGGUAACGACCCUGCCGCGCCGCCGCCAUCAGCAUGUCCUUUGGCGGCUUCUGCCGCACUCCACUGUGGCAGCCGAACGUCACGUGGCACACCGACUACCCUCGCCUGACGCCAUGCUUCGAGAACACCGUGCUCACGUGGAUACCCUUUACCACGCUGCUGAUUUUCCUUCCGAUAAAGAUGGCCUCCUCCAUCGGACCGAAGGUGCCUCCUUAUCCGAUGACCCUGCUCUCCUACGCCAAGUACGCCUUCAUGUUUUACCUCUGCCUUCUCCGCGUCCUCUGCCUCAACGACUACGUCGGCCCCGACGUAUCCGAGAGCGAGUUCAUGGCGUGCGUGAUUAGACUGGCCGGCUGCGUGAUCUCGAUCAUGUAUCAAUACGCCGAACAGAGGCGCGGCCGACAGACGUCCAACGUGCUGUUUGUGUACUGGACGUUGAGCGCGUGCUGCAGCACCGCCAGCUACUACAGGGUGCUGCGAAACACGUUCAGCACGCGCAGUGAGGCGCUGCCCUCGGCGUUCACUUACACGCUCAACGUGAUCGCCUACCCAGUCAUGUGGUGCCUCGUGGUCCUCUAUUCGUUCACGGAGCACCACCCCAAAGACAAGGUCACGGUAUGCCCCAUGGACGUGGCAUCGCCCAUAUCGACCAUCAGUUUCGAGUGGUUCACGUCGCUCAUCCUGUCCGGUUACUGGAAGACGCUGAAAGUGGACGACCUGUUCCCAGUUUCCGAAGAGAUCAAGACGGUGAACAACUACAAAAACUGGCUGCGGAAGAACAACAACGUCAUCGACGGCAGGCAUCUCAAGUGGUCCCUUUUCCGGACUGUCUGGGGCAUGGUGCUGUCGACUCUCGUGAUACAGAUUCUGUUCGCUUUCUUCAGGACUAUGCCGCCCGUCCUCCUGACGUUCAUGAUUCACUUUGUGAUCGUCAAGGAAGAGGAAUAUUGGAAAGGUUUCUUUUAUGCUCUCAGCAUCUUCCUGGCGGGAAAGACAGGCAUGACACUUUUAAGGCACUGCGACUUUCACUAUGUUGUCAUGGGCAUACAGCUUAAGGGCAUAUUGGUCCACGCGGUGUACACAAAAACCCUACGGGUAGCAAGCGCCUGCUUGACGAAAUACACAGCGGGAGAGAUCAUCAACCUAAUGACUGUGGACGCAGAUAAGAUAUACCAGACGUCCUUGUUCGUGACAGCUGGCAUGGGUGCGCUUUUGAUGACGUUAAUGGCGGCAGCGUGGCUGUGGCUUUUCAUAGGUCCAUCGUCGCUCACCAUCAUCGUCGUCACAAUCGUGAUACUCCCAAUAACAGCGCUACUCGCCCGUGUAGCUGACAGGUUGCAGCAGAAGCUGAUGUCGUUAAAGGACAAUCGGCUCAUGUUCACCAACGAGGCGUUAAGCAAUAUCCGCAUCCUCAAGUUCUACACCUGGGAAAUGCCCUUCUUGAACCGCAUUCUCAGCAUCCGCAACCAGGAGGUGUUGACGAUCAAGUUCUACGCCGUAUUAGCGGCCACCAUGCGGUUCUUCUGGUUUACGCUCCCGUUUGUCCAGUCGCUAGCCAUCUUUACGGUCUACAUGCUCACGGAGGGUCUCACCACGCUCGACGUACAGACGGGAUUCGUGUGCAUCACGCUGUGCAGCAUGCUUCGGAUGAACCUCGCCACCUGCCCCGACGUCAUCUCCAACUUCAUCCAGUCAUCCGUGGCUCUGGGCCGCAUCGCCGAAUUUCUGGAUGCCGAAGAAAAAGACACGGAUAUUAUCGGCAGCGAUCCCGGUGAGGGUAACGCGAUCCGCUUUUCGAACGCCUCAUUCACGUGGUCCGCCCACUCGGACGAGCCACCGUUCCUGCAGGACAUUGACCUGACCAUACCCAAGGGUCAGAUCGUCGGCGUGUUCGGCCUCGUUGGCAGCGGCAAGUCCUCUUUUCUCAACGCCAUGCUGGGAGAGAUGGAGCUCGUCGAAGGCAGGCUAGACAUCGACGGCGAUGUCGCGUACGUGCCACAGCGCGCGUGGAUCUUACAUGGAACCAUACGCAAAAACAUCACGUUCAUGAACGAGUACGAGAAGUACUUCUACAAGAGAGUUACGGACAAGUGCUGUCUGAGAAGCGAUUUUGACAUGCUCAUGGACGGAGACAAGACCGAGAUCGGCGAGAAAGGAGUCAACCUCAGUGGCGGUCAGCGCCAGCGGGUGAGCCUUGCCAGGGCCGUCUACCUGGACAAGGACAUUUACCUUCUGGACGACCCCCUUAGCGCUGUGGAUGCGCAGGUUUGCUCGAAGAUCUUCAACAAGGUCAUCGGCUCCCGGGGGAUCCUGCAGAACAAGACGCGCAUCUUCGUGACGAAUAACCUCGCCCUCCUUCAAGCCGUCGACGUGGUAUUGUUUCUGCAAGGUGGCAGAAUCGCGGACUACGGACCCUACCGCGACCUGAUUUCUAGGGGAGGCGAAUUCGCCCGCGUCGUUCGCGAGUUCUCGAGACAGCGUGACGAUGAUGACAAGCGCGACACUGGUGGCGCGAUGAUGGCCAAGGUGAUGUCCAGCAUCGCUGACAGCGUGGACAUCAGCAACACGAUGUCGGCCAUCACCAGGGCCAACGCGCUCGUCUGCGAGGAAGGCGUACAGGUGGGCUCCAUCAACAAGCAGGUGUACUUCAACUACCUCCGGCACGUAGGCUGCCUUAUCGUCAUGCUCACCUUCACCGGCUACGUGGGCUGCCGAGUGUUCGACGUAGGGUGCGGUCUCUGGAUCGGGAGCUGGAGCCAGGACUCGAACCUACCCAAGGAGCAGCAGACCGAGGAGAGGAGGAACCAUCGGAUGGUCAUCUACGCAGUGCUGGGAACCAUGAUGGGUCUGUUCGCGUUCCUCGGCACGUCCAUGCUCAGCUACGGCACCAUCAAGGCUUCGAGGACACUGCACGAGAACAUGAUGGUGUGUAUGUUUGACGCGCCCAUGUCCUUCUUCGACACGACCCCCGUGGGGCGCAUCCUGAAUAGGGUGGGCAAGGACAUUGACCAGCUGGACGUGCAGCUGCCCCUCAUGGCAAACGUGUUCUUCGAGCUUUUCUUCCAGCUCAUGGCCAUGGGCGUCCUCAUAUCGAUCGUCAUGCCGCAGUUCCUGAUCGUAGCUGUGCCGUUGGGUUGCCUCUACGUCUUCAUGCAGAAGUUCUACCUCCGAACGCUGAGGCAGCUCAAGCGACUGGAGGGCGUCACCAGGUCGCCCGUGGUGAACACGUUCGGCGAGACCCUGGACGGUCUGAGCAGCAUACGGAGUUACAACGCCGAGCAGGUCUUCAUCGAUCGCUUCCUGGCCGAGGUGGACACCACGCAGAACUGCUCCUUCUCGCUGCUCAUCUCCAAGCUGUGGAUGAUCAGCCGGCUCGACCUGAUCGGCUGCUCGCUGGUGCUGACCACCGCCUUCCUCAUCAUCUACUGGCGGGACACCAUCAGUCCCGGCACGGCCGGCCUGCUGAUGUCCUACAUCAUCACGUCCACGUACGCCUUCAACAAUCUGGUCCACUUCGCCGCAGAGUCCGAAGCGGCCAUCGUGUCCUCGGAACGGGUCGAAGAGUACUCUAAGGUCGAGGGCGAGGCGGCGCGCUACAUUGAGCCGGCCCCGCCUGAGGACUGGCCCCAGAAGGGAGUCAUCUCGUUCAUAAACUACAGCGCCCGCUACCGGGAAGGGCUGAGGAUGUGCCUGCGGGACCUCAACAUAGAGUUCGACGCGGCCGAGAAGGUGGCCAUCGUCGGCCGGACGGGCGCCGGCAAGUCGACGCUCACGCUCGCCUUGUUUCGUAUGAUCGAGGCGGCAAAAGGCUGCAUCGUCAUCGACGACAUUGACAUCUCCAAGAUUGGUCUGCACGACCUGCGCUCCAAGAUCACCAUCAUCCCGCAGGAGGCGGUGCUCUUCAGUGGAACGCUGAGGAUGAACUUGGACCCGGAGGACGAUCACGAUGACAGAGAGCUGUGGGAGGUUCUGGACAUCACCCACCUGAGAGACCGGUUCCCCGACGGCCUCGAGACGGUCAUCAACGAAGGCGGCUCCAAUAUCAGCGUCGGACAGCGGCAGCUCGUGUGCCUGUGUCGCGCCGUGCUGAAGCACUCAAGGAUCCUGAUCCUGGACGAGGCUACGGCAGCCGUGGACGUCGAGACGGACGCGCUAAUUCAGAGGACUAUCCGGGAACUGUUCAGAGAGAGCACGGUUAUAACGAUCGCGCAUAGGCUUAACACGAUCCUGGACUCGGACAGGAUAGUGGUGAUGGCGGAUGGCGAGGUGAUUGAGAUGGGGCCUCCCAAUGACCUGCUGGCAGACUCGUCCACUGAAUUUUACAGUAUGGCCAGGGAAGCGGGCCUCUUGUGA